AAGGGAAAGAGCCUUUCAACGGGGACAGAAGGGAAAGAGUCUCCGUUUCAAUGGAAUAAAAACUGCGCAAUUUCUUUAAGGACUGCCUGUUCUGAUCGCGGUAGACCAUUCUUUUUCUAGGAAAUGGAUAUCAGUUGUGUUUUUGGAUGAUAAGGGAAUCCGUGCCCAUUGCAACCCCCGCUGCCUUGGAGGUUGCAAGAGCUGGCGAUUUUUUACCAGAUGGUCUUCAGAGGAGGAAACGAGCUGUGCAAUCGUUUAGAAAGGCGAUAUGACUGUGCAGAGAUGCAAGAUCAGUGAUGAGUCUAUCCGUCAUGCCUUGCCCAUGGGCGAACACAUCAACAUUUUCUCAGCCUGGGCUGUGAUCUAUCUGCGUGUACAGCGCUCCCCGUGUCGACGUUUGCACCUAAACGCGUUAUGGAUGUUGAAUGGGGUUUCAUGUUUUUUUGGGAGAGGGCUUUUAGGGGGCUGCGUCAUUCGUGGCUGGGAAAGGAGAUGGACUGCUUUGCAGAUUUUCCACUAUUACAGUGUUUUAACAGCGAGUGUGAGCACGGAACCUCCCCAGCACAUUUUGGAUUGCACAUAAAAGAGAAGGAGUGAGGAACAUGGCCAAGCAUUGUUGUGCUAUGUAUGAAGAACCACCAGCACCCGACUGAAGCCAUCGGUGAAAUGUCUGACCGACUGUAGGAAGAACGGGCAUCACAGCCCGUCAAGAUGGACUGCAUAGUCUAGGAACGGCAAACACUGAUGCCAUUCCUAGUGAUGGGGAGCCACCUGCAUUUUCCUGCAAGCACCCACCUGUCCAGGUAGAGGCAAUAUCUGGCCCACCCUGUUACAGUCAGUACACACCCAGAGUGUGUUCAGCGUUGGCAGGAGGUGGGAGGUGUCAUGGUGGCUUGCUGAAAGAGACAGACUACAUUACCCAUGAUCACCAGGGUUGAGGAGACCCCAGAGAGAUGAUUGGCGGCAGAAGCUGAGACAUAACACAACUGUGAAUCAAUAACUUGGUGCUACUCUAAAAGCUAAUAGGCUUCGGGUUCUUGGUGCUAAAGACAGGAGUCGGUCAGUACAGAUAUUCUCAGUGUUGGAGUGAGGCCCUCUCUGUGCUGCAGUGGAGGGCUUCACAGACACAGCUAGUCUGGCUGGAUGCAUCACGCAGUAGAGCAGUUUGGUGGGCGUGGCACACGGGAUUCCUUCCCUCUGGACGGACUCAACCGGGGACCAUGGGCUCCCGUGGGCGGCCGCGCCUGGCAGCCACCUGCCAGGUGUUCGCCUGGAAUGAAUCAACACCAGCUCCUUUCCCAUCUACCUCCUGGUCCUAUGGGCGGACUGAACCAUCCCAGUAAAUUCUUUAGUAAUGGGCCCAUGCGAGGAGGUGAGAAGCUUGAGCUCCCACAGCCAAUGUUACCAGGUCUUCAGAGGGAGCAGCAGAGACCUCCUCCUCCUCAUCAUCAUCUUCAUCCUCCACCUCCCCACAGAGCAUGGGAGCAACUAGGUCAGCUGUAUGAAUCCCACCUCCCUCCUCAAGGACACCCUAUUGUGCCACUGCCCAAUGAGCACUCACUGCGUCUCCAUAAUGGAGGCUAUUCAGGCAGCGGCGGCCCUCCCCCCAACCCCCAUCUUCCCCCCAGCAGACCAAACCAACUGCUGAAGUUUGGGGGUCCUCAGGAGCAGCAUCUUCCCAGGGGUCCACCACCGAUGGGAGAUGAGAUGUGGGCUCAGGUGCACCAGCAGAGGGGCUAUCCAGGGAAGAUGCUCGGGGGUCAGCUGAAGAGACCAGGUCCUCCACUGGGAGAGCACUCUGUUAUCCAGCACACUCCUCCGCCAUCAAUGCACCCAUCCUCCCGCCCAGCUGCAGAGGACUGUCCCAGCCCCAGCAAGAGGAAAAAGAGUUCCGAUCAGGUGUCCCAUCCUGGGCUGCAGCGUUACCCCGGUCCUGGCCAGUCUUUGCCUCAGCACCAGUCAUCAGCCCAUCACCUCCCUCCGAAAGCUCCCUUCUGGAACCCCCUUCACAAGAGCAACAGCACUCCUUGGCAGCCCUAUACUGACCGCAAGAACCCACAAUCACAAGAGUUUCAGCCCCGAACAGAAACCAACAAACAAGGAAUGGGUAGCUAUGCCCAAAAGUCCUCUCCUGCCUCUUCCACCCCUUCAAACCUCUCACCUCCUCCAAACUCCUCCCCGGGAAGCUACAACCAGGGAUGUGCUCCUCAGCUCCAGAAAGACGCAUUCCAAUCUCGGGCUGUAAACCUGCAGUCCCCUCACUCUUCCUACCCCAGCCCCAGCUCUAAAUUGGGGCUAGCUCCACCCUGCCAGGCCAUGGAGCCUCGUGGUCCUCACAACCAGAGAGGCCCUCUCACUGGGGGCCAAGGUGGCAGCCAAGCUACCUCUCACACAGCAUCUACCCCAACCAGGGGAGACACAGAUCAACGUCUACAUGCCCAGUCGUCACCAGCAAACCCUCCUGCAACCAGCAACAACAACAGCAGCAGCAGCAGCAGUGUGCCUUACAGCCACUUCCAGCCUCAUCCAGGGCUGGGGCACAAGGGUCCCCCUCCUGCCAGCAACACCUCAGUACCUCAGCAUCUGCAAAGUGGGCCCCAUGAAGCCUGGAGAUACCAGAGCAGGCCCAGCAGUCAAUCUCUAGAGUCGGGCAUCUACAGGCCUCCAGGACUGCUACCUCAGCGCCAGCAGAGCCACAAUCAGGUCGUUGAUAGUCGGGUUCCAGGUCCUUCCCAGCAUCACCAUCAUGUCAGCCCUCCUCUGCCCCCGACCAACUCCACUCGAACACCUGUAAUCACCCCAAACCUUCCCAUGCAGGCCUCUUGCUCCAUCGAUGGCUAUCGCAACAGCAGAAUCCCUACUGGAGUGGCCCGCCGCGUCACUAGCCCCACCUCUCAGCUGGACGCUCUGCUACAGCCAGUAUGUCAGAGGGGCCAAACUGCCAACCAGCUUCACCAACAGGGGCUGCCCCGACCACAAGAACAGGAACCCACUAAGUCCCGGCUCAUGAAGGGGAAAACAUCAUACUAUGCUCAGGCCGAACUGGAGCAACCUCCUGCAUUUUCUUCAUCACCUUCUUUGUUCUCCUCAGGGCACCAGAGGGCAGGGGACAGUGUGAUUACAAGCAGAGUUUCAAAUAAUCCUCUUUCUAGCUCUCCUGCUACAUACCGCUCUGCUCCGCCAGUCAAUACUGCACCUCGGCCAUCCAAUCCAGCCCUCUCCUCCAGACUGGUUCAUGAGUUAGAAUAUGCCUCGACACAGGCUUACUCUCAGCCACAGAUUCGUCCACCAGCUCCGACCUCUGUCCCUCAGUCCAUCGAAGAGGCUCUAGACAAACUUGAUGCAGAGCUAGAGGGUCACAUGCAAGCUGAAGAAAGGAGGAGUAGGGACAGAGAGGAGCAAGAUAGAAAAAUUAAAGAAGAGGAGAGGCGGAAGAAAGAAUUGGAGAUGAGACAAAAGCGGGACGAGGAAAGGAAGAGGAAAGAGCUGGAGAGGAAGGAAGAGGAGAGGAAGAAGAGAGAACUGGAACGGCAGGAGGAGGAGAGAAGACGGAGAGAAUGGGAGAGGCAGGAGCAGGAGAGAAAGAGGAGGCAAGAAGAGGAGCGGAGGAAAAGAGAAGCAGAGAGGCUGGAGGAGGAGAGGAAACGGAAAGAAUGGGAGAGGCAGGAGGAGGAGAGGAAAAAGAGAGAAUGGGAGAAGAAGGAGAGGGAAAGGAAGAGGAGAGAGUGGGAGAGGCAAGAGGAGGAGAGGAAGAAGAGGGAAGCAGAGAAGCAGGAGCAGGAGAGAAAGAAGAGAGAACUCGAGAGGCAGGAGGAAGAAAAGAAGAAGCGACGAGACUUGGAGAAGAAAGAGGAGGAGAGAAAGAGGAUGGAGCGGAAGAAGGAGGAGGAACUGUGCAGUGCAAAAGGCAAAGAGCAGACUGCUAUUGAAAAUCUGGAGAGACUGCUCUCCUGCAACACCUCGCCUACACCCCCACCUCCUCGCCUGUCUGCUGUUACUGCACCUCCUUCAGGUCCAUCGCCUCCCUGCUCCCAGGCUUCACCUCCUUAUCCCUGGCUAAGCCGUGGUGGCAUACCCCCCUGUCCACCAGGUCAGACACCCAACACUACUCCUGCAGAAAGGCUGCGACCGCCCCCACUUACACCUCAGACUGAGUAUGCCAGAGAAAAGCAGAGGCAGAGGGAGAUGUGGAGCAACAAUGGCGGAACGACAUUCAGUCCCUCAUCAACACACAAUACCUCAGGGAUGAACCAGUCGGUAUACCCCAACAAGCCCCCGGCAAUGCAAGCCGCACCCAACCAAUCCAAAGACUCAGCCAGCAGCCAACACUCACUCCCUACCUUGGCACUUAGAGAGCCCCCCAAACUGUAUCAGGCUUUCCCCAGAGAAAACCUCCCCCCACCACCUUUAUCCUCCAGCUCCAUGAGGGGGAUCCUCAACAAGCGGGUGACAGGAAAGGGUUUGGAAAAUGCCAGCAGCUGUGGCACUAACUCUGCCCAGUUUGAGGAAGAGCCCUCUGAGAUGUCCACACUGCUCCCUGAUGGUCUGGCCAACAUUAUGGCCAUGCUGGAUGAAUCUAUCAAAAAGGAAGAGGAGAUGUACAACAGUGAAAAGACUGGGUCCACAGGUGUUCUUGACAACUUUACUCCCAGUGUCCAGCCUAUCAAGAGCUACCUGUGUGCACCAGACCUCAUUCCAGCAAUGAAGCAUCAGCCCAACCAGGAAGACUUUGGAUCCAAUCAGCACGCUAGCCCUCCAGUGCUCAGUCGCCAAGGCUCCCUGGCAUCCCCUUGCAGCCGAACAUCUUCUAUUAAUGAGGAAGACGAGGACUACCAUAAACCUUCUCCAAAUGUCCCUCUGAACCCCAAACGACCAAUGGACACAGGAGUGGGGAACACCAAUUACCGCCACAGUGACCUGGCUAAACUUUACGGCCUCCCAGAGCAGGCUAAAAGUGAGGCUGAUGAGGAGGAUGAUGAAGAGGACUCUGAGACACCGUCUUGUUCUCCACCACCCCAAAGACCCCACCUUCACCAAACAGGCGUAAACAGCAUGUUCAAGUCUCUAGCAACAGUCCUGGAGAGCCAGAAGUAUGCUUACCGUGGUGGGCCUUUUGGGAGACCCCCUCCAUCAGCUCUAGUUGGAGUCAAGUAUUCCUCUUCACUGUCUCUGGGUCCUGAUAUUUGCCGUCAGCAGCAAGGCAGUUCUCCCACGUCAGAUUCAACCAAUCCACCAUUCAGUCCAGCUGUGCCACCACUUAAGUCCUCCCCUCCUUUGCUAGAAGACAAGAAACUGAAAAUAGAGGACACUGAUGUCUGGAGAGAGGAUGGAGAGACAAUAGAGGACAGAAUUCACUCUGCCGAGAAGGAGAGUAUUUCUACCAUAAAUCCUAUAAAAGUGGUCAAAGAGGAGCGGCUGUUGACAACUAUCUCAGAAUCUUCUCUAGCAGAGUUGGGCAAAAGCUGUGAGGUCAUACUUAGUCGACAGUCACUUCCUAACAAGAACUCCCUUGAUAAACUGGAUGACCAUGUGAAAGUGGAGGACAGACACAAAACUGAGAAAGUAAAGGGACAUAGAGAGAAAGACAGGCACAGGGACAGAGAUAAAGACAGAGAGAGGGAGAAAGAUAAGAAGAGGAAGCACGGUCACAGCCACAGUAGCAGCAGGAAGCACGAAGACAGGAAAGAAAAGAAGAAGCAUAGAGAUAAGAGAGAGGAGAUGACCUUCUCCUCCUCCUCAUCAUCAUCAUCAUCCUCGUCAUCCUCUUCUUCCACUCAUUCCAGCUCCAGCCACAAGCGGCACAAGGAUGGCAAGAGUCAUAAGGAGAAGAAGGAUCGCAGAAUUCUCUGUGACCUCAACCUCCAGAGCAAGGAGGGGUCUGAGAAGAAUCGGGGUCAUUAUGACAGCGAAAAAACAAAACACAAGUCAGCAUCCUGUGCCAGCUCCUCUGGUGAAGGAGAGCAUGCAGAAUGGACCUCGAGGAGUUCUGGAGAAAGAUCUUCUGAGAGCAAAAAGGACUCUGAAUCUGGUUCUUCAUUGGGUUCCAAGGACUUCUUGAAACUAAAGGCUUUGACGGAUGGGCCCCCCAAAGAGCUGAAGAUUCGCCUGAUCAAAGUGGAGAGUGGGGACAGGGAGACAUUCAUUGCCUCUGAGGUGGAAGAGAAGAGGAUCCCACUGGAAGAAAUCACCAUUAAGAACACUGCCAGUGAAAUCAUCAGAUCCUGCAAGGCAGCCAGAGUGAAAGGAAAGUUCAAAGAAUCUUUCUUGCUCCCAGCCUUCUCUGUCAAGCCCAUCAUGACCACAGAGGAACCCAUUCCUAGAGAGAAACUCAACCCUCCUACACCCAGCAUAUAUUUGGAAAGUAAAAGGGAUGCCUUCUCCCCCGUGCUGCUGCAGUUCUGCACAGACCCCAAAAAUCCUGUUACUGUCAUCAGGGGCCUGGCUGGAUCUCUUCGACUCAACCUGGGGUUGUUUUCCACAAAGUCACUGGUGGAAGCCAAUGCAGAGCAGGCGGUGGAGGUGAGGACUCAGGUGCAGCAACCUGCUGAUGAGAACUGGGACCCCAGUGGGACAGGCCAAACAUGGCCCUGUGAGAGCAGUCGUUCCCACACCACCAUCGCCAAGUAUGCCCAGUACCAGGCCUCCAGCUUCCAAGAAAGUCUGCAGGAGGAGAAAGGCAGUGAUGAUGAGGAUGAUGAAGAAGAGAAGGAGAAGAAGCCAACCAAUAGUUGUGAUACUCUAAGCAAGGACUGCGCUAAAGAAAAUAGCAGUGCUGAGCAGAAACAAGUGGGGAAGAUAAUUAAGUUUGGCACGAACAUUGACCUCUCAGAUCCCAAGAGGUGGAAGUCUCAGCUUCAGGAGUUGCAGAAGCUGCCAGCAUUUAUGCGCGUUGCAUCCAGUGGAAACAUGCUGACUCAUGUCGGACACACCAUCCUUGGCAUGAACACUGUCCAGCUCUAUAUGAAGGUUCCAGGCAGCCGAACGCCAGGUCACCAGGAGAACAACAACUUCUGCUCGGUGAACAUUAACAUUGGACCUGGAGACUGUGAGUGGUUCUCUGUCCAUGAGAACUACUGGCAGGCCAUCAGUGACUUCUGUGAAAAGCAUGGAGUGGACUACCUGACAGGGUCCUGGUGGCCCGUUUUGGAGGACCUCUACAAAGCCAACAUCCCAGUUUACCGCUUCAUCCAGCGGCCUGGAGACUUGGUGUGGAUCAAUGCUGGAACUGUUCACUGGGUUCAGGCCGUUGGCUGGUGCAACAACAUCGCCUGGAAUGUGGGACCUCUCAAUGCUUACCAGUACCAGCUGGCCCUGGAGAGGUUUGAGUGGAAUGAUGUGAAGAAAGUUAAAUCCAUCGUCCCCAUGAUUCAUGUGUCCUGGAACGUGGCCCGCACUGUCAAGAUCACUGACCCAGACACCUUCAAGAUGGUCAAACACUGCUUGCUGCAGUCCAUGAAGCACAUCCAGAUCCUGAGGGACCAACUGGUGGCUGGCGGCAAGAAGCUUUCCUAUCAGAGUCGGGUCAAGGACGAGCCUGCAUACUACUGCAACGAGUGUGACGUGGAGGUGUUCAAUUUGUUGUUUGUAACAAGUGAGAGCAACAGCAGGAAGGUAUAUGUGGUUCACUGUGAGGACUGUGCACGUCAGCGUAGCCCCAACCUGACCAACGUAGUGGUGCUGGAGCAGUACCGCAUAGAGGAGCUCAUGAACACGUAUGACUCCUUCAGCCUGUCCUCCUCCUCCCGGUGACAGAGCUCCCCUCCUGCAUCUCCUCAGCCAUAACCAAAACUCCUGCAAGCCAGGACAAAAGACACAGUUUCACUUUGGUUCUCAACUUACCCUUUCAUUAUUUAAGAUCAUUUUUGCUACUACUGCUAAUACUUGCCGAACAGCCAGUUGAAUAAGUUUACUCAUCAUAACUGUUUACAAAAAGAAAUACCAAGCCGCCAAUAAAAUACCAGUUUACUCUCAGAUGGUGCUUUCAACCAGACACCCUGGCAACAAUGCAGUUGAACCAGGGGGCAGUUGGUGCUGCCAUUGAACAAACUGCGGAGGGUAGUUGAUGCUUUCAAUGGUGCGUUUCUGUCAGUACCAGAGAGAACUUGUUUCUGUUGUUGUUGUCUUGAAUACUGAAAUUUGUACAUGCUGUUUGCAAUUUUUGUGGGGUGCUGUCUUUUUUAAAAAUAAUUUAUUGUUUUCUUUUUUUUUCUAAACUAGAUCAGCCUAGAUAUAUACCACAUUGGCCUUGUAUUUAGAAAAGAGAGAAAAUGAAAAAUACUAAUAAUAGAGAUAUGAACAUUUUUCUAAAGCAUUAAGAAUUUAAAAAAAAUACAAAUGUUUGGAAUGCUUCAAAACAUACGGGUUUUAAUGACUUUGGUUGUUUUGGGGGGAUUUCAUUUAUCUUUCAGAUUCUUGUAUGUGUUGUAAAUCUUGUGUUUGUAUGAAUUAUACUUUUAUUUCCUCUGAAGAUUAAUAUUCAGUUGUCAUUCAUCAUCAGGUCUUUUUGUUCAUUUCUUCUAUCUCUUCAAAAAAGAAAGAAAAAAGUCAUUGCCAUCUGGUGUUUGUGUGUUGUACCUCUGAUUGUUUUUUUUCCAAUAUGCAGACUUAGUAUUCCUGGAUUUUUUUUGGCAUUGUACAUUUAAUUUAAAAUGUUUACUCUAUUUAUUGGAUAUCAAUGUUCUCCCUUUUUCAUAGGGUUGUACAAGUUUCCGAUUUUUUUUUCUCGUUAUUUUUUAUAGUGACCGAUUGCUCUGUAAGAACUGAAAUGUGGGGGUUGUGUGUCCACAGGAGUGGAGGCUGCUGUUUCUCUGGUGCUUGCCUCUCAUGACUCCUGCCUUUUUCUCCCGAUAUAUAUUAAAUGAUAUCUUUAUCUUGAAUAUAACACCACCUUUCCUGUAGACAAUAGGCACACUGCUCACGUAGAGAAGAUGACUAAUGGAAUGCUGUGUUUGUAUGCUCAUUAAGGAAAAAAACUUUUUCCAAAGUGUUUUGAGAAAUGGUAAUUUUUUUUAUUAUGUAGGGGGCUUUUAGACGAGAUUUGAAUGAUUUUAUGAUAUUAUCUGUUGAAUAUGAUAACGGGAUAGAUGGUGCUAAAUGUUCUCUUUGAACAACUUUUUUUUUCUGUUUAUCUUCUUAAAAUGAGAAUUCUAUUUUUCCUGUUGCAAUAUUACCUUACCCUUUUCCUUCUCUUUGUGGUCAUUUAUUUAUAACUGCACUGUUUAGAGAAUUCACACAGACAUACUUGCAGACACACACACACCAAACUGAGCCAGACAUGUCUUAAACACUUGUGAAUUUGUGUGACAUUACUAUGACUAUUAAUAAUAAACGCUUUUUGAUAAAUCUA